GUUAAGAACGUACGUCAGUCGCGCUUCUGCUCGUGCAUUAAAAAUUUAACAAUAAACUUCGGAAGUCGACGAAAAGCUUGCACUUGAAUUAAAGUACAAAUAAAGAAACUAAACGCUUGGUACGAAAAUAUUGGAAGAAGUUAUGCGGAGCGCGCUUUUAAUUUUCGUGGCUGUUGUCAGCUCGGCAGCGGGUCACAGGUAUGGGAAUUUACCAACCUCCGCAAGUUAUGCCUUGCCCGCAAGUGUAACAAGUGCUGCUGCUGCAUCGCGUGCUAGUAGUGUAGCCACAACAACAGCAACUAGCCUCAGCUCCACAAAAGAAACGCCAACACCAACCGCCACCAUUGAGUCAGCCGACGGAGCGGAGAGUGCAGCCGCAGGCGAAAGCGGUGCCGUUACCACCACACAAGCCACGCCAACCACAGUUACUAUUCCCGCUGUGCUGGCUGUUUCUAGUACGGCAAAAAAUGAGGAAGCUGUCAGUGAAACUCUAACCGAGUUGCCCAUUGCCUCGCCGCCGACAUCACUUUUGCCACCCGACAGCGAUGUGGACUCACCGCAACGUCGUGUAGUAACCUAUGAUCAGCGUCAGGACGGCCAGUAUAAUAUACGUGCCGAUUUGGAGAAUUUCAUGAUCGUACUGAUACCACCAUCACCCUCUGAGGGCUUGGAUAUACUAGAUUUGUUAUCUUCAGUGCGUCGUAGUUCUUUGCGUUCGAAAUCGAAGCGCAAACAUUUCGCAAAUAGCGCAGGCAGCACCAAAUAUCGUCACCCUUUGAAAUCAUCAGCAACCUUUCCUUCAAGUUUGCAAUAUGUGGGCCGUCAGCAAGCACCACACUCAUUAGAAGGAUCGCGUGGUUACCUCACCGCACCGCAAUUUGCGCAAUCUCCUUUUGAUGCCUUCCUCGGUGCGCAUGGUCCCCCGGCAUCAGUAUUUUCUACUUUGGGUGCAUCUUCCAAUCGUCUCUCAGAUUUCAUUGAGGGUCGCACCACGUCUCGUUUUGAUAUCGCCGCCAAUGAAGAGAAUGCCGCAGCAGACUUGCAGCCUGAUCGCCCGGUGGAUGUAUUACCGCCACCAUAUCCACUUGCCUACCAGCACCUCAUCAAACCCUAUCAUCUGGAGGCAGAGCCGACGGUCAUUCAAGCUUUACCACCGCCAGAGUUGAACAGCGCACCGGCGCGUAUUUCUGGUAACUAUCUGGAUAGCUAUAAUCAGUUGCUGGCACCUGGUCUCACAGCUAGCAAUAACGCUGCUGCUGGCGACAUCGCUACGAUUUCCACCACCACAACAACCGCAGCGGCCAAACCCACAGAAAACGGUGCUGGUUAUUAUCGCCUUUCGCGUGCCAUACGCGGCGACAGUUUCCUGGACUCGAAUCGUGUGAGCUCACCGAAUAGUAUACAUCAAAACAGCGCUGAUCUGCAGCCACUUUAUCGCGCAGAUCACUCACUGGGCGCUACUUAUCUGUAUCCGCCGAUCGAUACGCCACGUCUCUACUUCCAUCCAGAGCCAAAUGGAAAAAGCUUUGAGGCGCCUCACGAUGCCGUUGAUCGCUCACAGAUUUUGGACGAUGUAGAGGAUAAUGCACGUGUGGGAGAGCUGUAUGUGCCGCCGCGUGAGCUGAAAGACGACAUUGAGUGGGAGCAGUUCUUCGACACGAUGGUCAAGGAGGCAAACGAUUCACUGUGCAUGCCUGGACAGCGACGCGACAGCUACGGCAUUUGUCGUCAAGUGGAUGGCUACUGAGUAUGAAGACUGCACUGAACUGCUUACUAUUUUUAUAAGUAACAAAAUAAUAGAAUUAGUGAAAUUGGACGCAAGUUGAAUUGAAGGCAUCUUUUAAGUAUCAUAGUUGAAGAAAACUAUUCGAACGUUUUACAAUAAGUUUUAAGUGAGGAAUUGCUAUACACUCUAGCAUAAACAGACACUUAACUAUAACGAUUAUAUAAACGAUUGAAACAAUUUAUAUUUAUGCCUUUAGUGCAAAGUAUUAAUAAAGAUAUUGAUUUA